CUUAGACCACUGCCUAGAGGAACUCUGAUUAAAAUGCUGAACCUCUUUCAUCUUCAUUUCUCUAUUGUAAAAUAAAGGAUCAUUUCAGAGGUUCCAUCAAGAUCCAGCAUAGCAUCUUAUGCUAUGAAGAUGCCUAGAGGGGACACCUGCAACAUAAGGGACCUGAGGAGAGAGGUAAUUCUUCUGCAGAGAGAGAGCUUCUGCAUUUGUGAUGGGACAACCUGGACAAAGGUCGGAUGGGAGAUUUUUCCAGAGGAAGUACACUACCUGAAAGUUAAGGCUCUUCCAUCCCACUGUCUACCCUACCCUCUGGACAAACUCUGCUGCAACUUUGCUAACGUGGACUUAAUCCAGGGUUCCUUACGCCUCAUGUACAUCCUAGUGCAAGCUCUCUUCUUAAUCCUGUUUGUCUUAUCUGUGCAUUACCUAUGGAUGAAAUGGACCAGGCACCAAAGAAAGCAGAAAAAGCAAGCCUCUCUAGAGAAACACAGCAGUGACCUAGAGAGUGCAUCCAUCUACGACAUUGAACAAAUACUCUGUAGACUGCUGGCCACAACAUCCAUGAUGACCAAGUUCCUGAAGCAGACAAGGAAACUAAAAUUCAGAGAUGCUCAGAAACCUGGCUCAAGGAACACAGCCAGUAAAAUGAUGGAUUCAAGAUACCAACGCUGGCAGCUUAACUCCUGAGCUCCUCCACAACAAAAAGAUGGCAACCUUCCUAGCAAGUUGUCCACUUUGGAACUACAAGCCUAUAUGACUUUAAGGAAUUUUCGUCAUACUCUGACUACUCUAGCUUUACUGUUAAUCUAAAUCACUAUCACUGUGUAUGCUUUCGUUUGUAAAUUAAUCUUUUGAAUUAAAGCUGAAAGUAUGACUUGCCAAA